AGCUCUCCAUUGAAUUCGGGAGCGAUGUCGGCGUGCACCAACGGCUUAAGCAGAGCCGUAACACUCUCUCUUCUUCUUCUUCUUCCCUUCUUAUCCCUUUCCUCUGCUUGCUCUAAUGGGAACUGCCAGAUGCUGGAAUCAUGCUCCUCAGCCACUGACUGUGUCCCAGGUCUAUACUGUGGGAACUGUCCUGCCGUUGGAAGAACCAAUCCCAUUUGCACAAGAGGCCAAGCCACUAUCCCUACUUCCAUUAUCAAUGGAUUGCCUUUUAACAAGUAUACAUGGUUAAUGACUCAUAAUGCUUUCAGCAAUGCAAAUCAACCGCCUUUGCCAGGUGUUCAGAGGCUUACAUUCUUCAACCAAGAAGAUACUGUUACUAAUCAGCUUAGAAAUGGAGUUAGAGGACUAAUGCUGGAUAUGUAUGACUUCAACGACGAUAUCUGGCUUUGCCAUUCCCUUAGAGGCCAAUGUUUCAACUUCACCGCCUUUCAACCUGCAAUUAACACAUUGAGGGAAGUUGAGGCAUUCUUGACUCAGAACCCAACGGAGAUUGUUACCAUCGUUAUUGAGGACUAUGUGCACAGACCUAAAGGCUUAUCAACUCUGUUUGCUAACGCUGGUCUGGACAAGUACUGGUUUCCCGUUUCCAAAAUGCCUAAAAGGGGAGAAGACUGGCCUACUGUGACUGACAUGGUGCAAGAGAAUCACAGGCUCUUGGUUUUCACUUCUGUUGCUGCUAAAGAAGAGGAAGAAGGCGUUGCUUAUCAGUGGAGAUACAUUGUUGAAAAUGAAUCUGGAGAUCCAGGGGUGAAGCGAGGUUCUUGUCCGAACAGAAAAGAAUCACAACCUUUGAAUUCAAAAGGUUCAUCUCUUUUCUUGAUGAAUUACUUCCCGACGUUUCCGGUAGAGAAAGAUGCUUGCAAGGAACACUCAGCUCCGCUUGCUGAGAUGGUUGGGACUUGUCUCAAGUCAGCUGGGAAUAGAAUGCCAAACUUUCUCGCCGUUAACUUCUACAUGAGAAGUGAUGGAGGAGGCGUUUUCGAAGUUCUAGACAGAAUGAAUGGACCUGUUAUUUGCGGUUGUGAAACCCUUGCUGCCUGCCAGCCAGAAGCAGCUUUUGGUUCUUGCAAAAAUGUUACUCUUCAGACGAGAACACCAGACAUGGAAUCAACGGCUGGGACCUACUCAGGUUCAGUUCAGUUCUCGAGAUCCUUAGCUGCUGUCGCCUAUUCACCAAACACCAUUCUUGUCUUGUGCUUCUCAUGGCUUCCAUUGAUAGUGUUUUUGCUAUGACAACAACCAAACCAAAUUCCACUUCUAGAGAUGAAUGAGGAUAUAUAUAUGAAAUGCGUUAGAAAAGAAAAGAGUUUUCUGAUUUUUAUUCUUGUUAUUUUAGACUACUGCAGAUUUUUAUAGUCAGAAAGCCUGUGUUGUAUGUGUGUGUGUCUUCAGCUUCUGUUGAAUAUUUAUGCAACUUAUAUAUAAAUAUAUAGAAUCUUUACUGAAUAAUUUAUAUAAUAUUUUU